GAACUUGCUUUGAAUGCAGAAAGUGUUUGUAUUGUGGAUAUUCUACAAAUACAAAAAUGUAAUUGCGAUAUUACAAAAUCACCAUAUAAAGGCAAUAGUACUGAUGCUGUCAAGUAUGUAUAUACACGAAUUUUUACUCCCAAUUGGACAGUAGAUCAAACUGCUUUCAUUCAUGACAAAGUAUCAAAAUAUAACUAUGCAGUAGAUUUAAAGGAGGCUUUUAAUUUUUUACUUUGUUCACGAUGCAAUAGUGGAUUACUCAAAUUAGUAUCUACUAAAAAAAAAUUGCUAUCUAAUUCAGUAAAGAAUAUGAAUAAGAAGGCUUCUAAAAAAAUUAAAUUGGAACCUGAAAUAUGUGAUCUUACUAUAGCAGAAGAGAAAAGCUUUUAUGAUUCA